ACAUUCUCCCUCGGUGACAUGUUGGCCCAGAGACGUGAAACCGUUCAGCAUGCUUAUUAGUGACGUCACAGUCUCGUGCAACAGGAUCGGGAGUGUUUCCGCGCACCUGUUGUACCACCUGGAGCAGUGCAGCACUGACGGACUGGUGGCUGAGACAGCAGCAGCAGCAUGGGAGGUGUCCACUUCAGUGAAAAGAUGGCAGGAGUUUUCUCCUAUGAGAGCUCAGAGAUCGACUGGUGUGAAGAUAACUACAGACACUCUGAACAUGUGGUGGAGUACUUCAACACUAUGAGCAGCUUUGUUUUCUUCAUUAUAUCUCCCAUCAUGCUCUACCUUCUGCACCCUUAUGCCAAAGAGAGGAACCUGGCGAUUCACAUGGUCUGGACUAUGAUGAUAUUUGUAGGGCUCUUCUCAGCGUACUUCCACAUGACACUUAGUUUCGUUGGCCAGAUGUUGGAUGAGCUGUCCAUCCUGUGGGUGUUGGCGGUGGGAUAUGCUGUCUGGUUUCCCCGCAGACUCUUCCCUUCUUUUAUCAAAGACAGGUCCACAUUUUCAAGCCUCGUCCUCGUGAUUACCGUCAUCUCCACACUGUCAUCAUUUGUCAAACCUACAGCCAAUGCCUACGCUCUGAACUGCUUUGGCCUCCAUAUGCUUUACGUUCUGGCUGUCGAGAUGAGAUGCUGCACUGACCAGAAGGCUCUGCGACUGGCCAAACUGUCAGUGGCUCUGUGGGUGCUCGCCAUCUCCUGCUGGAUUAGUGACCGUUUUGGCUGCAGCUUCUGGCAGAGGCUAAACUUCUGCUACCUGCACGGGAUCUGGCACAUUCUGAUUGUGAUAGCUGUGGCCUAUGGCAGCACCCUGGUAGCUUACCUGGAUGCCAACUAUGAGAUACCGUACUCUCUGCCUGGACUGCAGUACUGGCCCUGUGAUAAAUGGGCUGUUGGAUUACCUCACAUUGUCCUCAAGGGCACCACCACCACCAAAACACAGAAACGGUGCUAAGAUGCUAAAAUUCAAAUCACAGGAAUCUGACCAUCUAUCACUCCCAAACUAACUGACACUGUCUUUCAACAGACUAGCGCUAGACAACAACUGAAUGUUAGCUGCGACUGUUUUCUGACCCUGUUAAAAGACUGAUGGAUGGAUUACUGAAUGGGCCUACUGGGCACAGGCCUACCAGCCCAAGGGGUCAGGUGGCACCUCAGGGUUGGAUGAUGCUGUACAGAACUAGCUCAUAGGACAACAUCAGACAUUGGAAAAAUAGUAUUUAUAGCUGUCCCGAACAUUCACACGGAAGAGAUGGCGAUCAUAGAGCUGGGUGACAAUAUGUCAUUUAAAUAUGGGGAUAAUGGUGCACCGUUUCAGACAGGAAGUGUUGCACUUUGUUGCACACAUGAAAAGUGACAGAGCUGUCAGUGUCAGUUCAGGUUGCUGGCUCCUUCCUUACUUCUGCACAGCUGGCCAAUGUCAGAUCAUCUGUUUUGGUAAGUCACAUACUGUCAUACAUAGUUGUGACAGAGUAUACAGGCAGCUGAAACCAAGGCGUCUGAAUUUUAUGACUGGUAAGAACGUUUUUUAUUGAAAAGUCAAAGAGCUCAGUCAUAAGUCGAGAUGACACAAGUUUAUUGUCAUCUGAACAGGAACCACAGAAAUCUGUACAAUGAGAUUGCACAUUUAAAAACAUACAAAAAAUUAAAUAUGCAAUACAGCGUAGGAUUGAAAAUCAAAAUUAAACAGUAUAGAAACAAUGUGAGAUCUAAAUCCUUUAAUUAUAGGUUUCUGCUGAUACAUUUUUUAUUAUGUUUUUGUUUUCUGUCUGUGCCCAGAGGCCCAUUGUCGGAUCAUCCAUCCAUGUUUUACACUAAUAAUGAUUGCAUGAGCUAAUACAAAUAUCUUCGGUUGACAGAGACAAAAUAAUUAUUUAUUUAUGUAUCAGACUAAAAUAUAAAAUAUUUUAGUUUACUCAUUUUGAUUUUUUAUUCUAUUGAUUCAUAUUUUAAUAGCCUACAGAAGCAAAAGCAGAGCAUAAGGUGAUUUUGGUGUAAUUUUAAUAUCUGUCAUUCUCUUUUCAAGACACUAUUGUUUUAAUGGGAAAACAAAUACAGACAUUUUGAGAUGAUGACUGUCAAACAUUAAGAGUUUGCAACAUGACUGGUCUCAUAAAAUGUGUAUAAUGUGUAUAAUGUGUGCAGCCUGAAUGACUGAGAAAAUGAGAGAAACUGUGUGUAUAAUUUUGAAGAGUUUGUCUUUGGCAGUUAAGUGCUUGUGUUUUUGUGUAUAUAAAUCAUUUGCUGUUAUUUAUUUUCAGGAUAUGAAUGCACAUUUGGUACUGUACGUGGUGAAAAAUUGUUUACAUUGAGCUAUAAAAUACCUCAACAUGUGUUGGUUUCACAGUUAUACACUCUGUCCUCUGAGCUAGUUUUAGCUGCAUAACCUGACCUGAGUUUCGUCUAAUUUUGUACAAAGUCCAGCUGUUGUUUCUGAUGGUUGAUUAUUUCAACCGUUUCUUACAUUUCAGUUACAAAUAUCUGUCAGUUUUUGAUAAUUCUCCGGUCUAUUUCUGUAAAGUGCAUUUUUGUGGCUGACCACAGCAAUCACAUGCAAAUCUGUUUCUUUUGUACGACUGAGUCAUCACUGAACUGUUAAAAGUCCUUUUGUUCAAAAAGCUCUUGAUUUUGGCGAUGUUUUGAGAAUAUUCAGGAACAUUGUGCCUCCAUUCAUGUGAUCCUUCCUGAAGGAAACAAUAGAUACAACAAUGGGAAUCUUACAAAAAGAAAUGCACAUGAGCAUUGUCGUGCACUUCAAUGUUCAAUAGUAACCUCCUGUGGGUGAUGAGAUGUUCAAAAGCAACCAGUGCUUUUUAGAGACGUGAUCUUUGAAUAUUAACUGGAUUCUGAUGAUAUACGAAGAAAGAGGUAACAAAUAAAACAGUCUUUCAAAUGGC